ACUCGGUUGCUCCAAACUACAAGACUUUAAAUGGUGAACUGCUACAGACUUUCCUACAUUCGCAGCGGGCUGAUGACAAUUUGCAAACAUUGAAGAAGACCUUGGGCAUUGCUACACCUGCUCUUCUUUGCCUCCUCUGAGAGAAUGCGAACGUGACGUGUUCUUAAAUUAGACGCCUCCGCCUUCACAAAGACUUCGGCUUUUGAUAUGUCAACAAGCUCUGCAUAAUCCACAGAACAUGGACUUUUCGGGGUGUCUGAACGAUGAGGCAAUCGAGCCGGCCGUUCUUGGCUGUCGUGGAGAGUUCGAUUUUACUGUGAAAUUCGAGAAGAUCUUUUUCUCGAUCUUACCCUCAGCGAUAUUCAUUCUUACCGGCUUACCUCGCAUCACCGUUCUCUGGCAUCGAAAAGCGGUGGUGAGCGCCACGUUACUCUGCUUUGCGAAAUUGGGCACGCUUGUUGUACUGUCCGCCUUGCAAUUGAUCCUGCUGGCAUGGAGCAUUGCCAACGGCGGGGUGUACAAAGCAUACCUGGUCUCUGCAUCAGCUUUGGGCUUCGUAUCGAGUUUGGGACUCAUCGCCUUGUCUUUCCUAGAGCAUGCAAGGUCGCCAAGGCCCGCGAUUUUGCUCAGCUUCUAUCUUGCUCUAACGCUUUUACUCGACGCUGCACAGACCCGGACUUUGUGGUUGGCCUCAAGAAAUCAGACAGAUAUCAUGUUUUCCAGAGUUUAUACGUGUGCCUUGGCUUUCAAAGCGGUAUCGUUGCUCUUGGAGUCGCAGAGCAAGGCGCGGUGGAUAUCCUGGGACUUGAAAGAGCACAGCCCAGAAGAGACAAGUGGUCUGUUCGGGCUAGGUGCAUUCAUCUGGCUAAAUCAACUCUUCUUGUCUGGGUAUUCAAAGGUCCUGAAAGUGGGCGACCUCUACCCUCUUGAUCCAGCCUUGUGUGCCGAGACCCUGGAGAAGAAUUUGGGACAGCACAGACACAAGUCGGUUUCUGAGAAGCGCCACAAGAAAAAUGGUCUGGCUCAAGCUUUGACGAAAGCUCUUGCGAUCCCCAUCCUAAUACCGGUCAUUCCGCGAGCAGCAAUGGCUGUGUUCCAAUUCUGCCAGUCCUACCUGAUCAACACCCUACUCAGUCAUCUGGAAGAGCCAAAUCCGUCCAAGAAUGCUGGCUAUGGCCUCAUUGGGGCAACAAUCUUGAUCUACCUCAGCAUUGCUAUCACGUUCGCACUCUACUGGUACUACCAAGAGCGAGCGAUGUAUAUGGCUAGAGGAGCCCUGGUCGCAGCAAUUUACAGGAAGACCACAGAAGUGAGCCUGCCAGCAGCCGACAACUCUGCACUAACAUUGAUGAGUGGCGACAUCGAGCGCAUCAUCGCCGGGUUUCUGAACAUCCACGAGCUUUGGGCCAAUACCGCCCAGGUUGCCGUCGCCUGCUGGCUCCUCUCGCAACAGAUCGGCUUGGCAUUCCUGUCCCCCUUGAUCGUGGUUGGAGUUUGUGCUGCGUGUUCCACAAUCUUAGCCCGACUUACCGGGCCACGUCAAAAGGCCUGGAUGGAGCAGAUCCAGAAGCGGGUCGGGCUUACUUCGACUGUUGUUGGGCAUAUGAAGAAUCUGAAGAUGUCGGGUCUUGCUGUUCCGAUGGGCAAACUGGUCCAGCAGAUGCGUGUUGAUGAGCUGCGAGCCGGGGCGCGAUUUCGCCUUAUCCUGUCCUUCACAGCAACUAUGGGCGUGACACCACUGUGCCUUUCCCCUGUGAUGACGUUUGUGUUCGCAUCUAGAGGGCUUGGUGUUACGACUAUUUUCACUUCGAUGUCCUACAUCGUCCUACUGGCAACGCCACUGUCCGUCCUCUUUCAAUCAAUACAAACGCUGAUGGCAGCCUUCACUUGCCUCGACCGGAUUCAGGUGUUCUUGGAGAAAGAUGACCGUCAAGACUUCCGGGUCAAAAGUUCAACACAACACACCGAUUUAAGGACAGCGGAUAGCCUCGAAGAGACUGUAGGGGGUAGAACGAUCACCACACCCUCGCACGCGGUCGAGAUAGCCAAUGGAUCUUUUGGGUGGAGCCCCGCCCGAAUUAUCCUUACAAAUAUCAACCUCAGAAUUCCCACGUCAGGCCUGACUAUCAUUAUUGGGCCAGUGGCAUCGGGCAAAUCAACACUGUGCAAGGCACUGCUCGCCGAGACUCCCGUCGCACUAGGAACAACGAGAACCUCUUUUGCUCCCGACUCGACUCGCGUCGCAUACUGUGACCAGACUCCCUAUCUUUCCAACGCCAGUAUUCGAGAGAAUAUUGUUGGGUUCUCACCUUUUGACGGGGAAAGGUACGACGAGGCUGUUGAGGCAGCAGUGCUACGUCACGACCUGGAUGUGCUACUCCCACAAGGAGAUCAGACUCAAAUUGGCACUGAUGGCAUCACCCUGAGCGGCGGACAGAAACAACGGGUCUGCCUUGCCAGAGCGCUGUACCACGGGACCGAUAUUGUGAUAUGCGAUGAUGUUCUCCGAGGACUCGACGCUGAUACAGAGGACCAGGUUUUUCGGAGGGUUUUUUCAGUCAAUGGCGUCCUCCGCCGCAGAAAAGCCACCAUGGUAUUAUCCACGCACUCUGUGAGAUAUUUGCCCUUGGCCGAUCAUAUCGUUGCUCUCGAUGAGAAGGGGACGAUCUCUGAGCAGGGCACAUUUUACGAACUGGUGGCCAACCAGGGCUAUGUUCAUAGCCUCAAUGUUGAGGACAAAUCCCAUCAGGACUCCAAUAAUUCGGAGAUUGAAACGGAUGUAACGCAACAGGCGGCCAGCUUGAAGAUAAUAACUACCAGACAACCCAAGGCAGACACAGAAGAUUCAGACAAGAAUCAGCUCAGCCGUAUGUCUGGUGACGUUCAAGUCUACAAGCAUUACUUCGCUCGCAUCAGCAUCUCGUUCCAACUGGCAUUCCUGGUUUCUGCAAUGGCAUGGGGAUUCUUCUACAGCUUCCCAAACGUUUGGCUCACGUUCUGGUCUGACGACAUUACAUCCACACAUCGCGCGCACUCGGACUCGUUCUUUCUUGGGUUCUACGCCCUCUUUCAAAUCUGCACCCCGUUGUCAUUACUUAUAAUGAGCCUCAUAUGCUUUAGAAACAUUGUGACCCAGUCCGGGUCUAGGUUGCAUCAGGAUGCAUUGACUACCAUCAUCUCAGCGCCUCUUCGAUUCUUUUCUAGGACGGACACCGGCACCGUUACCAACCUCUUUUCUCAGGACAUGACCUUGAUUGACGGCAGACUCCCGAUGGCUUUGUCAAACAUGUCUCUCUAUGUCUUCUCAUCGUUGGGCCAGGCCGCCGUCAUAGCCACAUCAUCCCCAUAUCUCGCUAUCACUUACCCGUUUCUCUUUGGACUUGUAUACGUGAUACAGAAAUUCUACCUUCGCACAUCGCGGCAAAUGCGACUUUUAGACCUCGAAACGAAGGGUCCACUCUACUCUCAUUUCAUUGACACGAUCAAGGGGUUGGCAACCAUCCGUGCAUUUGGUUGGGUUUCGGAGAACACGCAGUUGAACAGAAACUACCUGGAUACGUCACAGAGACCAGCUUACCUCCUCGCCAUCAUUCAGCAUUGGCUCGGCUUUGUGCUUCGGCUCAUAGUUGCAAUCCUUGCGGUCGCCAUCGUCACCUUGGCGACGCAGCUGGGCUCUAACACAGCUUUCACGGGGGCCAGUCUCGUUACAUUGAUGAGCUUUUCUGAAGGCUUGAUGUACGUCAUCACCAUGUACACGCUCCUGGAGACGUCCAUUGGUGCUGUUGCCAGGUUGAAAAGCUUCAGCGAGAAGGUCAAGCCGGAAGGUGGUGGUAGUGAGACGCUUGUCCUGCCACCAUUUUGGCCGCAUGGUGGGAUCAAGCUGAACAAUGUGUCGGCUACGUACGCGGACAUUGGCGAUGAAACACUAACCUUGUCCGAGCCUACCGCCACUGGGGUUGGGACUGCAGGCAGCGAUAGCAUUGACGCAAAAAGACAGCCACUGGCGUUGAAAAGUCUGAACCUCGUUAUACGCCCCGGUGAGAAAGUCGCCAUAUGCGGUCGAAGUGGAAGUGGGAAGUCUUCCAUCAUAUCACUUCUCCUCCGCCUUCUGGAUCCACUCCCGAGCUGUUCUGAAAGCAUCAUAAUCGAUGACAUCCCUCUUCAACUGGUUGAUCGUACCGUCCUUCGCGAGCGAAUCCUUACUAUUCCCCAGGAUGUGGUGUUCCUUCCAGACGGUUCCUCAUUCCAAAUGAAUCUAGACCCGGUCGGUGCAUCGUCCGAGGAAGAAUGCUGGGCUGUGUUGGACUCCAUCAGACUGAGGGACCUGGUUGAGGAGCAUGGGGGUCUUGCAGCCGGAAUGGAUGUUGUUAUGCUGUCACAAGGGCAGAAGCAACUAUUCAACCUCGCUCGCUCUCUACUAAGACAUAGGAAUAGAGCGCGAGACUUUGGGAGCAGCUAUGGCGACACGGGCGCAACGCAGCGGGGUGUCCUGCUCCUCGACGAGUUCAGUUCUGGUGUUGACCAUGACACCGACAUUGUCAUGCAGAAGAUCAUCCGGGAAGAAUUCGCCGAUUACACGAUCGUCAUGGUUAGUCAUCGCCUGGAUAUGGUGAUGGAAUUUGACACAGUCGUCAUGAUGGAUGCCGGCAGUAUUGUUGAGAGAGGUCGGCCUACGACAUUGAUAGCAACGAAAGGAUCUAGAUUUAGGGAACUUUGGAUGGUUGGUCGCGAGGGGCUUUAAGGAUUACGAUGGAGGUGGUUAGGUACGAGCCAUCGGAUUGUUUGCAUGUAGCAAGGCGUGGGCUUAGAGCGCAAGCCCGAUGUUCCAAGGUUCCUGGGUCAGUCUCAUAAAAUGCGUCAGUCGAUGCCCUUCAACUAGAGUGGUUUCGUUUUUAA